AUGUCUCGCGUGCGAGCGCUCGUGGGACGUUUGAACGACCCGCGCGACAAAUCGUGCGUUUUCGUCGUCGCUGCCGCCCUUCUGGCGCUCGACUUCGUCCUGUGUCUAGUAAUCAUCCGACGCGUCGCGUACACGGAGAUUGAUUGGAUCGCCUACAUGGAAGAGGUGCACGGCUACGUCGCUGGCGAGCGCAAUUACGAGAACUUGAGGGGUGGCACCGGACCCUUGGUCUACCCGGCCGGGUUCGUGUACGUGUACAGAGCGUUGUAUUGGCUCGUUGGAGGUUUUGAGCGUGGGACGAGCGCGCUCGGCAUCGCGACAGCGCAGAAGGCGUUCGCGCUCGUUUACACCGUAAAUCAACUCGCGGUGUUCGUAUUGAUGGCGUCGUGUGAGAUCGUUCCGCCGUGGGCGUACGCGCUGACGUGCUUGUCGAAGCGUGUGCACAGUAUUUUUGUUCUGAGAAUGUUCAACGACGGUGUCGCCAUGACGCUCGCGUACGUCUCGGUGGCGUUGUUUCAGCGUAAGAGGUGGGUGAGCGGGAGCGUGGCGUUCUCGCUCGGAGUUUCGGUGAAGAUGAACGUGUUACUCAUGCUUCCAGGACUAUUGGUGCUCCUGGUGGGCGGUACGACGUUCGUAACGGCUGCAAAGGCAGCGUGUGCGAUGGUACUCACGCAAGUCGUUUUGGGGUACCCGUUCUUGGCAACGUAUCCACGACAGUACCUCGGUCGAGCGUUCGAAUUCGGUCGAGUGUUUAUGCAUAAGUGGAGCGUGAACUUCAAGUUCGUUCCCGAGGACGUGUUCACAUCCAAGGAGUUUGCAAAGUAUUUAUUGCUCUCGCAGCUCAUUGCGCUCCUUGCGUUCGCGCACUGCAAGUGGUGUCGACGAGAGGGUGGAUUUUUCUUCGCUUUCGUAAGAGAUUUCUUCACGAGAGCUCUUGGAGGUAAUCGCACGGGCGUCGAGUCGACGUUCACGCCGGCGCACGUGGCUUUGGUGAUGUUUGAGAGCAAUUUCAUCGGCAUCGUCUUCGCCCGUUCGCUCCACUAUCAAUUUUACUCCUGGUACUUCCACACCUUGCCUCUUUUGCUCUGGUCGAGCCCCCGAUUACCGGUCUGGGGUAAAGUUGUCAUCUUGGGUGCGAUUGAGUGGUGCUGGAACGUGUAUCCGUCGACUGCGACGUCGAGUAAAAUUUUACUCGGGCUUCACGUAGGCGUGCUCGCAUCCCUGUGCGCCGCUCCGCCGGCUUCUCGCGUAAACCGCGCGCCGCCGUCGUCGAAAAAAACGAAGAAAUAUUAG